GUGAUUUAAUUCACCACAGUUCGACUGGUAGCCACUCAGGAACUGUUGAUACUUAUGGGGCAUCACAAUCAACAAGAGGGGGAACAACUUUCUAUGGUAGCAGUGGAACAUAUGAAGGAACUAGUCAUGCCGAAGGAUGA